GGGAAUUGAACUCAAAACUUUUGGAAGAACAGUCAGCACUCUUUUUUUUUUUUUUUUUUUUUGGUUCUUUUUUUCGGAGCUGGGGACCGAACCCAGGGCCUUGCGCUUCCUAGGUAAGCGCUCUACCACUGAGCUAAAUCCCCAGCCCAAUAGUCAGCACUCUUAACCGCUGAGGCAUCUUUUUGGCCUUUUGUUUUUCAAUAGUCUUAAAAAGGGAGAUUUAUUUAGUUGAGAGUGGUGGUACAUGCCUUUAAUCAAAGCACUUAGGAAGCAGAAGAGGAUCUCGGUGAGUUUAAGGCCAGCCUGGUCUAUAUAUUGAGUUUCAGGUUAACCAGAGCUAGAUAGUGAGACCCUCUCUCAGAAAAAAAAAUAUAUAUAUAUGUCUAGGGUGUUUUCCCAGACUGUAUGUUUGUGUACCACAUGUUUGCUUAAUGUCCACUAAGAACAGAAAAGGAUAUUGGGCCCACUGGAAAUGCAGUUACAAAUGGUUCUGAGGCACUGUGUAAAUGCUGCGAAUUCUAACCUGGGUCCUCUAGAAGAGCAGCCUGCCUUCUUUCCUGCUAAGCCAUCUCUGCAGCCACUUUUUUCUGCUUUUUUUAAAAAGAGAGUUGGAGCUAAAGGCAUGGCUCAGCAAUUCUGAAGACAUAGAUGCAGGCAUAUACACAAAAUAGAUCUUUUUUUUUAAUUUUAAAGUGAAUUGAUUUCAAGGAAAUAGGAAUGAGAUGGCCAGACCCAGGUAGGAGUUUCAUUAAUGAAGUCAGAACAAUAAUCAACUGUGCUUCCACCCAUAUAGGGCCGACUCUCUUCUCUAUUUCUCUGCCCACUUCCUAGUUUAUCGUCCAGGUAUUAUUAUCCUCAUGUUUCAUACGAGGAAACUGAAGCAUAUUAAGACAAGAAUCUGUGGCGAGUGCCUGUAAUCCUUAGCAUUUGGGAGACAGAGCAUCAGGAGUUCAAGGUCAUCCUUGACUACACAGGGAGUUCGCGUUCUGACAGGACUACUUGAGACCUUGUCUCAAUCCCAUCCAACCCGCCAAAAGGAGAACCCAGGAGGAAACCAUCAAUGAGGUGCUGAGAUUUUAGCCAAGAUCUUGACCCGGGUCCUGACUUGACCUAACGCAGUCCUUCAGUGGAGAAGGUGGGAGACUUAGGGUUCAGGCCUUGAGCAGUGUCGUCAGCUGCCUUGUACCCACCUGCCUACUAGACAUAAGGUGUAAACCAACCUAGAGAAAGAGCUUGGUAAAACCUUUGGUGAAGGAACCGUUGCCAUGGGAACAAAUACAGGCCUGAGGCGCGCGCGUGCGCAGAGGCGAAGGGGGGGCACCGAACCGGUUAAAGGUGACGUAAAACGCUCCGGGUAGGGCGGAGGGUUCAUACUGGGGGAGCCGUGGCCUUGUGAGGGAAGUCACGAGGCGGUGAGAACUAAGUGUGUUCGGCGGCCGGCCACACACUACCGGAGCAAACCGCGGGGACCAGACUGGCCCGCUGCGGAGGCCCCGCCUCUCGGACCUCGGGACUAAUCGGAUUGAAAGCGCGCCGGCCCCGGGCCCCGAACUCGCCAAUUGAGGAGGACGGCGGUCACCGCCCAAUCCGGGGCAGACAGGUGCGAGGUCCGGAAGGUGGAGGCCAAUCGGAAGCGGUUGCGGCCUGCAGGGGCAAGAUUCAGCCAAUGAGGAGGCUCGAGUGACAGCUGAGCACACCAAUCGAGAGUGAGGAACGGUCGUGCCCGCCCGCCCUUCCGGCCGGAGCUCUAUUUACCAGGGGCGUGCAGAUCGCUUGCCAAUCAGAGUGCGGCUGAGCUGCCGGACAGCCAACCCCAGAGGAGCGGCCGGCUGGCGGCCGCCGCACUAAGGAGUUGGGAUGUCCUACAAACCUAUCGCGCCCGCCCCCAGCAGUACCCCCGGCUCCAGCACCCCCGGGCCAGGCACCCCGGUCCCUACAGCCGGAAGUGUCCCAUCGCCAUCGGGCUCAGUGCCAGGAGCUGCAGCUCCUUUCAGACCACUGUUUAACGACUUUGGACCGCCGUCCAUGGGGUAUGUACAGGCAAUGAAGCCACCCGGUUCCCAGGGCUCUCAGAGCACCUACACGGACCUGCUGUCUGUCAUAGAGGAGAUGGGCAAAGAGAUCCGACCCACCUAUGCUGGUAGCAAGAGUGCCAUGGAGCGCCUGAAGAGAGGAGUGCUGAGAGGCCACCGUGAGUCCCAUCUGUGACCUGAUCACAGUGCUGAUCUAACUGGAGCUUCCUCUCUGUGGUCCCACCACAUGGCACUUACUCCUUAACUCUUAGUCCAGGCCGCCUCCUCCCUCUCCAACAGGGGUGCAGAAGGCCUCCCUGCCUCAUCUCUGGGGCCACAGCUGACUCUUUUUUUGGUGUGUCUUUUACUAAAUAUGCCCUUUUUAUAUAAAUAAAAGAUGAUUUGGAGCCAU